AGAGCUCUUCCUUCUUCAAUGUCUAUCUUUCUUGUCAUCUUUCCCUUCAUAAAUACCUUUUAUCUCCUUAAACCAGGUCUAAUUUCCUAAUGGGAUUUUCGGCUUCUUGGAACUUUUCAGUAUGGAUGUUAAACAUAUAACUCAAGUUUCCGACCUUUUUGGUGGUUUUAUAAGAAAAUGUAUUUUUAACAUCCUUUCUGUAUCUGUAAUACCUAAUCACAUUGCUUUCAUAAUGGAUGGUAAUCGAAGAUACUCAAAGAAAAACAAUUUAAUGGAUGGAGCUGGAUACAGAGCCGGGUUUUCAACCUUAAUGUCAAUGCUUAGGUACUGCUAUGAGCUUGGGGUGAAUCAUGUCACUGUUUACGCUUUCAGUAUAGACAAUUUUAAACGGAAUCCUCAAGAAGUAAAUUCUUUGAUGGAGUUAAUGGAAGAAAAGAUUGAACAUUUGACGAAAGAGGAGAUUAUAGUUGGGCAUUAUGGGGUUAAAGUUCGUUUCAUAGGAAACCUUGAACUUUUAAGCAAAUCUUUGAGGUUGGCAGCUGAGAAGGCCAUGGAUGUAACUGCCAAGAACUCAAGAUCAGUGCUAUCGAUCUGUGUUGCAUAUACUUCCACUGAUGAGAUUUUGCACGCCGUUCAAGAAUCUUGUGAAGAUAGAAUCAAAGUAUUGAAUGAGUCGAAGCAUCAUGAGAAGGAUACGAUUGAUGUGUUAGAUAUCGAGAAGCAUAUGUACAUGGGAGUUGCACCUGAACCUGAUAUCAUAAUCCGGACAUCAGGUGAAACCCGUUUGAGCAAUUUUCUAUUGUGGCAGAGCAACAACUGUCUCUUGUAUUCACCGUCUGUUUUGUGGCCAGAGAUUGGUUUCAUUCACCUUGUUUAUGCUGUUUUUGAAUUUCAAAAGCAUUUCUACUAUUUAGAUAAACAGAAGCAGAGAUGAAGUAUAGUUGAAAGGAAAGUGCUAAACUUUAGGAUCUGAUUUUAGAUAAUGAAUGCAGACGUGACAUUAAGCUCC